CAUGAUCGGAUCCCCCACCCUCAAUAAUCCACUCAAACGAGCAACGACUCCCUUUCUCUCUCUCCACCUCUAUUGCUCCGCACUGCGCCCAGUGAAUUGCAUCAGCUGCUAACCCUCUUCAUCUUCCUCUUUCUCUCUCCUUUCAUCGGAGACAAAAUGCAGUCGAUUUCCAGGCGAUUGUCCCACCAAUCUUUCAAGACUUCUCCUUCAAUUUCAUCUCUCAAGUCUCUUUACCCUCUUUCUGAUCCUCGUUAUGGUGCUGAUCAAUCGAGGUAUGGAUCUACUGUCGCCACUAAAGGUGGUGGGCCCCUAGUUAGAAAGGGAACUGGUGGAAGAUCAUCUGUUAGUGGCAUUGUUGCAACAGUUUUUGGAUCAACUGGGUUUCUAGGACGUUACCUUGUACAGCAACUUGCUAAAAUGGGGAGUCAAGUUUUGGUUCCUUUUCGAGGUUCUGAGGAUUCCCCUCGUCAUCUCAAAUUGAUGGGUGAUCUUGGGCAGAUUGUACCUAUGAAGUAUGAUCCAAGAGAUGAAAGCUCAAUCAAAGCAGUGAUGGCAAAGGCCAAUGUUGUGAUCAAUCUUAUUGGGAGGGAAUAUGAAACAAGAAAUUACAGCUUUGAGGAGGUCAAUCAACACAUGGCUGAACAGCUUGCUCAGAUUGCUAAGGAACAUGGUGGCAUUACGAGAUUUAUUCAAGUUUCUUGCCUUGGGGCAUCUCCAACUUCAGAAUCCAGGAUGCUUAAAGCUAAGGCUGCAGCAGAGGAAGCUGUUUUGAGAGAACUGCCAGGAGCUACUAUAUUGAGGCCUGCUACUAUGAUUGGUACUGAGGAUCGGAUUCUUAAUACCUGGGCACAGUUUGUGAAGAAGUAUAGCUUUCUUCCCCUUAUUGGGGAUGGAUCAAAUAAAAUACAACCUGUUUAUGUGAUCGAUGUUGCCGGUGCAAUUGUUGCAUCUUUGAAAGAUGAUGGCUCUAGCAUGGGAAACACUUACGAACUUGGAGGGCCAGAUGUCUAUACAGUGCAUGAAUUGGCAGAACUUAUGUUUGAAACGAUUCGUGAAUGGCCCCGGUAUGUGAAAAUUCCUGUGCCAAUUGCAAAGGCCAUUUCCUCUCCUCGAGAUCUCUUGAUCAACAAAGUUCCAUUUCCCUUACCAUCUCCAGCAAUAUUCAAUCUGGAUCAGAUCCAUGCCCAAUCUGGAGAUACAGUUGUAUCAGAUAAGGCUUUAACGUUUGCGGAUCUUGAUAUUGCCCCACACAAGCUCAGAGGAUAUCCUGUUGAGUAUCUGGCAUGUUACCGGAAGGGUGGGCCACAAUUUGGGUCUACAAUCAGUGAAAAAGUUACUCCUGAGCCUUGGCAAUAAUAUUUCUGAUCAAGUUCAUUAAUCUUGCUGGAAGUUCUUGUUCCUACUGGUAUCUUUGUAAUAGGUCUAAUCAAGGUUGAAAUGCCUGCUGUCAAGAAACAAAGAAGAAAUAAUAAACAUGAUUAUUCUGUCAUUCAGGGUUGUAUAAUCUUGAGAAAUGUUCUCAUCAUCUGUAUUUUUUGAAGCCUUUGCUAGUUUGAAUUGCUGAGGCUGAUUUAUAUCGGGUGAACAGUUUUGUCUUUUAAUUCAGAAUAUCCUGUGCCCGAUGUUCUCUCCGCUUUACAUUGUCCUUGUUCUUUACCUUUUAUUUUGGAGUGUUCGACACUAUAACAAAUGGUAGCUUUUGGUUGAAAAACUCACUGGAUUUGUGGUCGCUUGUACAUGCAACUCCUACUGUAUGUGACUCAGAUCUGGGAACUCAUUAGAUGUCCAUGCUUCUGAUCCAAUAUGAAGAGUCCUGUUCCAUACCUAUAUCGGAGUGUUCAGGUUCCAUCACGGCCUUCAUGGGUACUUGAGCAGUUGACCAUAGUGAAGAGAACCAGCUUUGCCCUAAAUAAAGCCUUUGUACGAAAUGAAUAAUAGUCUUGUGGCUAGUAAAAUUCUUUUCUUCUCUUGUUUGUGUAA